AUGAUCGAGAAGCGCUACAGGACGAACCUCAAUGACAAGAUCGCGGCGCUAAGGGACAGCGUGCCGAGCUUGCGGGUGCUGUCCAAGAGCGCGCGCGGCGAAGACACCACCGAGGACAGGGAAGAACUGCAUGGCCUGACCCCAGCUCACAAGCUCAACAAAGCUACAGUUCUGAGCAAGGCAACCGAGUACAUCCGCCACCUGGAGAAGAGAAACAAUCGUCUCACCGACGAAAACAACACGAUGCAGCAGAGGAUCUCCGCAUUUGAAAAGUUGUUCAUGGCGAGCGCUAUGAACGGCACGAUGAGCCCGAUCCAGAACCAGAGCAGCAGCAUGCAGUUUGGGCAGGACAGCGCGCAGUUUAUGAACACGCCGGUAGGCACCCCGAGGGCCCUGGAUCCACAGGGCAUGAUUCCCGUGCCCGAUGACAUGAAGCGCAUCAUCAGCGCCCAGCUGGCGGCAGGACGGCCUUACCCCGUGCCGCAGCAAGGCUUCCAACAGACUCCCGCCGUCAUGCGACAGCAGCAAAUACAGCAGCAACAGCAGAUGCAGAACAACCGGUGGCAGAACGCUCCCUUCUAUGGCAAGUUCAUGGUUGGCUCCUUGGCUGGCCUCAUGUUCGUCGAGUCCCUCCGCGAGAGAGAGCAGAGCAAUGCAUCCCCCGAGGGCCGUGGUCUAUUCGCCCUGCCAAUCCACCUGUUAGGCCGUCUGGUCUCGGAGUCACAUAUCAGCCUAGCCGGACAGCAAUACUCUCUCGCCCAUACCAUUUCCACUCUCAAAUCCCUCCUACUCCUUGGCACCCUACUCUGGGUCUUCGCGCCGUCCCUCUUCGCACCGAGACCUCCUAAGACGCAAAAGUCCCAGCUCAGCAAUGCCGCUCUUCAGGCGGUUCCGUCGCUGGCGUCGCCCAUCAAUGUCAGGAGGCAGGCGUGGCUCACGGCCAUCCAGACCGUCUGGGUGCCGCGCCAUAAUUUCUUCCUUGA